CCGCGCGCGAACAACGGCUUGAGUUUCGGCGCCAUUUUCGAGCGGCGGUCUCAGAGCGCCGCUCCGUCAGACGCCCUUCCUUGGCGCCUCGCUCCUCUCCGUCCUCCUCCUCCUCCUUCCUCCUUCUCCUCACCGCCGCCGCCUUGUCCCCCCCCCCUAACCUCAACCCAGCCACGACAUCUCCCGUUCGCUCGCCUUCUCUCCGCCGACUCGCAGUUUGAAGGGAGAAAAUGUCUCCAAUGGCAAAAGCCUCAACGGCCAAGAGGAGGGGAAACAAAGACGACGAUGCAGAUGACUUUGCAUCAGAGCCUUUGGCAUCGGAGCAAGCGCCAAUUUCUGCAGAGUCUCCCGAGGACCGGCGUACCCUGCAGGAGAUCCUGGAGAGCAUUCCUUCCGCUCCUCCAGCUGCCAUGACCAACGAGCCCGGGGCUGCACGCCUCAUGAUCACACACAUCGUCAACGAGAACUUCAAGUCCUAUGCUGGAAAACAGGUCCUGGGCCCUUUCCACAAGCGCUUCUCUUGCAUCAUUGGACCAAACGGGAGCGGCAAGUCCAACGUGAUCGACUCGAUGCUCUUCGUGUUCGGCUACCGUGCCCAGAAGAUCCGCUCCAAGAAGCUCUCCGUUCUCAUCCACAAUUCUGAAGCGCAUCCUGACCUUUACAGCUGCACUGUGGAGGUCCACUUCCAAAAAAUCGUAGACAAGGAGGGGGACGAUUUCGAUGUGAUCCCGAGCAGCGAGUUUUAUGUUUCCCGCUCGGCGACGAAGGACAGCGUGUCAUCGUACACUGUGAGCGGGCACAAGGCCACCUUCCGCGAUGUGGGGCAAUUGCUGCGCAGUCACGGCAUAGACCUGGACCACAACCGCUUCCUCAUCCUGCAGGGUGAGGUGGAGCAGAUCGCGCUGAUGAAACCCAAGGCGCAGACAGAGCACGACGAGGGCAUGCUGGAGUACAUGGAGGACAUCAUCGGCUCAGGUCGCUUCAAGCCAGCCAUCGAGGCCUGCUGCCGCCGCGUCGAGCAACUCAACGAACUGCGUGGAGAAAAGCUGAACCGAGUUAAGGUGGUGGAGAAGGAGAAAGACGGACUGGAGGCGGAGAAGAACAACGCUGUGGCUUUCCUGAUGGCCGAGAACGAUAUCACCAAUCUCAAGAACAGCCUCGUUCAACACAAAAUGCAAACCGCUCGCAAGGCCCUUGCGACGGAAGAGCGGAAGAAGGCGGACAUCGAGGAGGCGUCAAAGGAUCUGAAGGAGAAAAUGGCUGAGCUCGUGCAAGCCAAGAAGGGCAAGGCCAAGGAGCUGCAGGCCAUCGACAAGAAACUGAACAAGAUCAACGCUUUUAUUGAAGAGCACAAGAAAACGUUUGUACAGUACGACCUGCAAGAUGUUAAGAUGAGGGAGAACUUGAAAAAUUGUGCCAGCAAGGAGAAGAAGCUCGCCAAGCAGCUGGUGAAGGAUACAGACAAGCUGAAGGAAAUCCGCAACGUUCCGGCAGCGAGCGAUCGCACAAUCAAAGUUGCAACGGAGUGCAAGGCAAAGCUGGAGGCCAGCAAGAGUGUGGAGGAGGAGAAGCUGAAAUCCGUGAUGGCUAACUUCGAGAAGGAGACCAAAGGACUGCAGGAGGAGAAGGAGGUGAAGCAGCAGGAGCUCCUCGCACUGAGCAAGGAGGUGAACGAGAGGUGCUCCCGCAUGGAAGUAGCUCAGUCGGAACUGGACCUGUACAUGAGUCGCCACACCUCGGCCCUGGCUGCCCUCAACGAGGCCAAGCAGGCCCUCACCAGCACCACCGAGGGCCUUUGCGGGCGGAGAGAAAACAUACGGAAGCUGGAGACAACCAUUCCCUCGACAGAGAAGGAGCUCGCACAGGCCCAGCUGGAGCUGGAGAAGCUGGCACCUCUGGAGAACGCAGCGCGCGCAGAGGUGCGAGCAUUGCGUCAGAAGACAGAAGAGGCGAAGAGCUCCCUGUGUGCCUCACGCUCGCGCAACAAAGUGCUGCAGUUGCUCAUGGACCAGAAGAACAAGGGCUCCCUUCCCGGCAUCUAUGGUCGCCUGGGGGACCUGGGAGCCAUCGAGGAGAAGUAUGACGUGGCCAUUUCGUCAUGCUGCGGUGCACUUGACAACAUCGUGGUGGACACCAUGGACACGGCGCAGGCGUGCGUCACCUACCUGAAAAAGCACAACAUCGGUUCCGCCACCUUCAUUGGUCUCGACAAGAUGCGCGUGUGGGAGGGCACGAUGAAGAAGAGCGUGCAGGGCCCCGAGGGAGUGCUGCGCCUCUUCGACCUGGUGCGCGUGGGCGACGAGGCGGUGCGCACAGCGUUCUACUUCACCCUGCGCGACACGCUGGUCGCUAACAACUUGGAGCAAGCGUCGCGCGUCGCCUUCCAGCAUCAGCGCCGCUGGAGGGUGGUCACCCUGCAGGGCCAGGUCAUCGAGACGUCUGGGACGAUGUCUGGUGGUGGCACCAGGGUGAUGAAGGGCAGGAUGGGCUCCUCUGUUGUUAGUGAAGUACCACAAGAGGAGGUGGAGCGCAUGGAGCACAAGCUGCAGGAGGAGAGUGCCAAAAUGGAGCAGUACCAGCAGCAGAGGAGCCAGCUGGAGGAGCGGGUGCAAACGCUGCAAACCAGCCUGCGGGACAUGAAGUACAACCUGCAAAAGCUCUCGGCCGGCGUGAAGGUCCAGGUAGAACAGGAGGUGAGCCUCAAGCUGCAGGUGAAGGAACUGGAGGCCAACGUUGUGGCGGCUGCACCAGACAAGAACCAGCUCAAGAAGCUCGAAAAGACUCUGGAGGGCUUCAAGAAAGAGUAUGAGAAAGUGUCUAGUCGGACGGGUAAGAUCGAGGCCGAGGUGAAACGCAUCCAUGGGUUGAUCAUGGAGAUCACGCAGGGCCGGCUCAAGGCACAGCAGGACAAGGUGGACAAGAUCAACCAGCAGAUCGACGAGUGUGUGUCGGAUAUCACCAAGGCCCAGGUGGCCCUCAAAACAGCUGACAGAAACUUGAAGAAGGCGGAGGAGGCUCUGGCUAAGACGGAGCGGGAGCAGGAGGAGAACCGCCAGGCCAUUGUGCGGCUCAAUGAGGAACUGAAGAGCUUGGAGGAGGCGGCUGCAGAGAUCAUGAAAGAAUGCACGCAUGCACAGGAGCGAGGCAAGGAGGUGUCGGAGCUGCAGAGGGAGCUGAUGGGCGAGCUGAAGGCGCUGAGCGAGGAGGAGCAGGGUUACCAGAAGGAGGAGCUCGCAGUGCGCCUCAAAGUGGAGCAGUUCGACACCAAGAUCUCGGAGCUCAACAGCAUGCUGAAGCACUUCAACAAAGAGCUGUCGAAGUUUAAGCUGCACGUCCUGGACGAGGAGGGCGAGGCGCCGGUGCUGCCCACGCUCGGCAACAGGGAACUGGAGGAGCUUGAGGACCCCGUGGCCCUGGCCAACAAGAUCGCCAUCCUGGAGGAGAAGACGCUGCAGAUGAAGCCCAACCUGGGAGCCAUCUCUGACUACAAGAAGAAGGAGGAGAUCUACCUCCAGCGAGUCUCCGAGCUGGAUGCAAUCACGGCUCAGCGGGACGAGUUCCGGCACUCGUACGAGGAUCUGCGCAAGAGCCGCCUGCAGGAGUUCAUGGCUGGAUUCAAUGUGAUCACCAACAAGCUGAAGGAGAACUACCAGAUGCUCACACAGGGCGGAGACGCGGAGCUGGAGCUGGUCGACAGCCUCGACCCCUUCUCUGAGGGGAUCGUUUUCAGCGUGCGUCCCCCGAAGAAGAGCUGGAAGAAAAUAUUCAACUUGUCGGGCGGUGAGAAGACCCUAAGCUCGCUGGCGCUGGUGUUUGCGCUGCACCACUACAAGCCCACGCCGCUCUACUUCAUGGAUGAGAUUGACGCGGCGCUCGACUUCAAAAACGUCUCCAUCGUGGCGCUCUAUGUCUACGAGCAAACCAAGAACGCUCAGUUCAUCAUCAUCUCUCUGCGCAACAACAUGUUCGAGAUGUCGGAUCGGCUGAUCGGCAUCUACAAAACGAACAACACCACCAAGUCCGUGGCCAUCAACCCCAAGACCAUCGUGUUGCCCCCACUGCCCGGUGAAGCAACAAUGCCGAGCUCGUGAACCCGCACCCCAAUCACCCCACCUCAUCCACCCCACCCCAUCCAUCAGCGUUGGGGGUCGAGCUUUGUCCGGUCACCAGUCAGCCUGAAGGAUUGUCAAGUUAACUUAAACAAAAAUUAAAAGGGGUCAAAAUGGACUUCUCUUGGUUUCUGCCUGAUGUAAACUUUUGCGUGGAAAAUAUUCAUCCUCAUCAAGACUUAACCUUUACAGUGUGAUUGGCUAGACCAGUCUUGUUAGCGCGUUACUUUGAUUCAUGGGCUUAAUAUCUUACUACUUUAUGCUUAUAUGCGUAUAUAUAUUUUCUGGAAGUCUUACAAUUUUCACUAUAGCUUAUGCAAUAUCCUAGAUGUGGUAUUUUUUUACUUUUACAUUUAUUGUAAAAAAAUAUAUUGUCUCUAAAUUGGAUUUUUAACCGCAGUUGUGUGUGUAAAUAAUAUAUCUGUUCUGCAGCAUCGUCAUACAUGGCUUCAAGAAUAAUAACCUGAGUCAUGUUUAUUUUUAAAUAUAUUAAGUCUAAAUAUGAAUUGAAUAACUCUCCCGAUGCUGGCUUGUGUUAAUGUCUGGCUAUCUUAAGUUACGUGGCUCGCAGUUGUGUGUGUAAAUAAUAUAUCUGUUCUGCAGCAUCGUCAUACAUGGCUUCAAGAAUAAUAAUAACCUGAGUCAUGUUUAUUUUUAAAUAUAUUAAGUCUAAAUAUGAAUUGAAUAACUCUCCCGAUGCUGGCUUGUGUUAAUGUCUGGCUAUCUUUUGUUACGUGGCUCGACUGAAUGAGACGUCGUGGUUAACACUGCCGUCUUCGGUGGAGGAUUAGACUACGGGACAGCGUGCUUGUUCAAGUAUUUAAUCACUGACAAAUGCACAGUUUGCUUUCAUUGUUGCGUGUUAACCUUUUUUUCCAUCAUGUAAAAUAAAAAUGUACACGGUAGUGAAAUCUACCCGGCCUG